UUUCUCUCCCUUCCUCGCUCCCUCUCUUUCUCUCCUCCCUCUGCCUUCCCCGUGCAUAAAGUCUCCGUCGCUCCUGGAACUUGUUGGCAAUGCCUAUUUUUCAGCUUUCCCCCGCGUUCUCCAAACUAACUAUUUAAAGGUCUGCGGUCGCAAAUGGUUUGACUAAACGUAGGAUGGGACUUAAGUUGAACGGCAGAUAUAUUUCACUGAUCCUCGCGGUGCAAAUAGCGUACCUGGCGCAGGCCGUGAGAGCAGCGGGCAAGUGCGAUGCGGUCUUUAAGGGCUUUUCAGACUGUUUGCUCAAGCUGGGCGACAGCAUGGCCAACUACCCGCAGGGCCUGGACGACAAGACGAACAUCAAGACCGUGUGCACAUACUGGGAGGAUUUCCACAGCUGCACAGUCACAGCCCUUACGGAUUGCCAAGAAGGGGCGAAAGAUAUGUGGGAUAAACUGAGAAAAGAAUCCAAAAAUCUCAACAUCCAAGGCAGCUUAUUCGAACUCUGCGGCGGCGGCAACGGGGCGGCGGGGCCCCUGCUCCCGGCGCUGCCCGUGCUCCUGGUGUCUCUCUCGGCAGCUUUAGCGACCUGGCUUUCCUUCUGAGCGCCGGGCCGGCUCCCCCCGCGCGCGCCCGCACUCACGCCAUGCUCCCGGAAACCGAGAGGAAGAUCCAUGCGUUCUUUGGGGACGUUGUGAUUCUCUGUGAUGCUGAAAACCCUCAUAUGGGAAUUGUGGGAAAUCCUGAUUCUCUUUCUGAUUUCGUUUGGUUCCUUGUGUUCCAUUUGCCAAAUGUUACCGAUCAGUGAGCAGGCGAGCACAGCCAAAAUCGGACCUCAGCUUCAGUCCGUCUUCACACAGAAACACGAAAACGGCAAACCCACCCCAUUACUUUUGUUUUUUUUCUUUUUUUUUUUAAUUUUUAUUUUUUUGGCACAAGAAUCUCAGGAACGGCCCUGGGCCGCCUACUAUAUUAAUCAUGUGAAUACAUGACCAAUGAUGGGCUCCUCCUAACAGGAAAGAGGAGAGGAGAAGGCCAGGGGAAUGCAUUGAAGAGAGCAGCAUCUCGUGAAUAAUUCACGCUCACUGUCUUUCUAACACAGAAUCUUGUUUUGAUCAUUUCCACUGCACAUUUCUCCUCGAGAAAAGUGAAAGGACAGAUGGUUGGCCUUGUGUUUCAAGGCUAGGAUGGGGAGAGGGAGGGAGUUGAGGAAACCUCGGGUCAGAGGUACAGGCUGCCAGAAGCAACGCUGCUGAAGUCACUGAGAGGUUAAGCUUUACCUGCUCGUUGAUGCAUUUUUCGAAGUCCACUGCCUUGGUUUUCCCUCUUGUUUUAGCUGUUCCACAUACGGUAAUACCUGAAUAUCCAACGGUAUAGAUCACAAGGGGGGGGGGGAUGUUAAAUGUUAAUCUAAAAUAUAGUUAAAACAAGAUUUUGACAUAAAAGAGCCUUGAUUUUAAAAAAAAAAAGAGAUGUAAUUUAAAAAGUUUAUUAUAAAUUAAAUUCAGCAAAAAAAAAAAAAAGAUUUGCUACAAAGUAUAGAGAAGUAUAAAAUAAAAGUUAUUGUUUGAAA